CAUGGGCGACUAUCCUACCAAGUCCUCAUCGAAUCCGGACAAUGAGCUUGGGCUCGUCCAGACCACUCGCAGUGGAGAGGUUCAUGAACUUGGUUUGGUGGACGACGCAGUCUUUGGUCAGCUUGACGAAGAGAGCCCUAAAUAUCGUAACGUGAGCCUACUUGGCACAAUCGCCCUGAUGAUGAAGACGCAGAUAGGUCUGGGUGUGUUGUCUAUUCCAUCGGUCUUUGACACCCUAGGCAUGAUUCCAGGGAUCAUCUGUCUCAUUGUCAUUGGAGCCAUCACAACUUGGUCAGACUAUAUGAUCGGAGUCUUCAAGCUGAAACAUCCAGAAGUAUAUGCCAUUAACGAUGUGGGUGGUAUGCUCUUUGGUCGUGUUGGCCGUGAAGCACUAGGAUCGGGCAUCCUUAGUAUUUCGAUUGCGCUGAACGCUCUCUCCACGCAUGCAGCUUGUACUGCCAUUUUUGUCGCCGUGGGGGCCGUCAUCGGAUUCGUGUUUAGCAGCAUUAGAACACUUGGAAAGAUUACUCUGCUUGCUUGGGCUGGAUGUGGCUCCAUCAUAAUUGCAAUGGGCGUCCAGGAUCGUCCUGCUGCAGCUCCUCAGCAAGGCCCAUGGUCAUCGGACUAUAAGAUUGUGGGAGAUCCCACGUUCAUUGAAGCCAUAACUUCCAUCGGAUCAAUCGUGUUUGCCUACGCCGGAACGCCUGCCUUCUUCUCUAUCAUUGCCGAGAUGAAGGAUCCACGUCAAUACACAAAGGCACUAGUCGUUUGUCAAACAACAAUCUCAGUCGUCUAUAUCGUAAUUGGUAUAGUGGUGUACUACUUUUGUGGAUCAUACGUCGCCUCACCCGCGCUUGGCUCCGCUGGUGCAACCAUGAAGAAGGUCUGCUACGGCCUCGCUCUGCCUGGUUUGUGCAUAGGAACAGUCUUGCUAUGCCACUUCCCAGCUAAAUACGUCUUCAUUCGCAUUCUCCGCGGUUCAAAGCAUCUAACCUCCAACACAACUAUACAUUGGAUCACUUGGCUCGGUUGUACAUCAGGAGUCACACUGAUUUCUUACAUCGUGGCCAGUGCAGUUCCUGUGUUUGGUGGUCUUGUCUCACUGGUCGGGGCUUUGUUUGCCACAUUAUUGUCAUUCCAUCCUUAUGCUGGCAUGUGGUUAUAUGAUAACUGGCAAGAUGGAAAGAGAAAGCCCACUAAGACCUGGCUCUUG